AUGAGACAUUGGAGCCUCCUCCACAUUUUGAUUCUCUCCCUAUCUUUCUGUUUCCUCCUCGUCAGAUCACAAGAACCGCCUCUCUUUACACAAUCUCCACCUCCACCACCUCCACCGCCGCCUCCACCACCUCCUCCUCCACCACCUCCACCCCCACCACCACCACCAACGCCUACCGCACCUCCACCACUUGUUAAUGUGACAGACAUUUAUCCACCUCCUCCAGUAGCAGCAGAGACAAUUGCGCCUCUGUCGUCACCUACUCCUCAACCGCAGCCACCGUCACCUACUCCUCAACCGCAGCCACCGGAGUCUAGGUCAGAAUCCCUUCCACCGAGUACUGAGCCAAGGAGGUUUGGAUCUCCGGAGGAAUCUAAGAGAGGUGGAUUAAACAAAGGGGAGACGGUGGGAGUAGUCUUUGCAGGGAUAGCAGCAAUGUUGCAGGUCUUGGUUGUUGUCUUCUUGGUUCUCAAGAGAAGACAACUUCUCAAGCUCAAAGAAACUCAAUAA